GAUAGCGUGGGAUUUCUGUACCAACGUGUCACCGGGUGAUGCUCCGGUGUCUCUCACCGAGACAGCAAGAGCAAGAGCGCGCCGAACCGAGCCAACGCGACAGGCGGAGGUGAAGCUGCCGCGCCGCCCGAGAGCUGUCCGCGGUGCUGCACCACGUGACCGACGCCUCCGUUUGUUUACCAGCGAACUUCUGCCGAGAGUAGAAGUACACGCACGUCGCUUUUGAUGGAACAGAGAAACCGGUGAUCGCGAGUGAUGGCUGGACUCCCCCCCGCCCUCCACGUAUCUCCGGCGGUGUGAUAUCAGCAGCGCGCCGCUGACGCCCGGCGGAGCCUCCGCAGCGCAGGAGAGGCGGUCCAUCUGUGAGGUACGCUCCCAGAACCGAAGCCAAGAGAUUAGUUUCAUAGAGAAAUGGGCUGCAUCAGCUCCAAAGCGCCAGUCGGUGAAUGUUGAGGACACCACUGAAAUGUUACCCAAAUCAAGAAGAGCGCUCACCAUUCAAGAGAUUGCAGCGUUGGCGCGAUCAUCUCUGCACGGUAUUUCCCAGGUAGUGAAGGAUCAUGUGACCAAGCCGACGGCCAUGGCUCAGGGCAGAGUGGCCCACCUGAUAGAGUGGAAGGGCUGGUGUAAGCCCAUGGACACGCCGGCUGCCCUGGAGUCCGACUUCAACUCCUACUCUGACCUCACCGAGGGCGAGCAGGAGGCGCGAUUCGCUGCCGGUGUGGCAGAGCAGUUUGCCAUCGCCGAGGCGAAGCUGAGAGCCUGGUCGUCGGUGGACGGAGACGAGUCCAAUGACGACUCAUAUGACGAGGAUUUUCUGCCGGCCAACGAUCCCGCCACCCAGAGCACAGAUGUGCCAUCGUAUCCUCCCUACUUGAAGGAUCUGCUCCACAGUCAGCUUUGCCAACACCUCCGGGGGCCGAACUGUGAGGGCGCCGGAGGACGAGGCGACGGAGGCGGCAGUGGUGAACCCUCUCCCACCGCGGGGUCACCUGACACCACAUGCUCCAGCCUCUGCAGCCUGGACGAGCAUCACCCGCUACUGCGUGACCUGGGCGGUCACCGUGGCAACAGCUGUCACAGUAACGCCGCCGAGCUGGCCGCCAAGAUCUUGUCUGCUUUGCAGGGCGGCGAGGAGCUGCUCCUGGCUCGGCUUCAGCGGGCAGUGCAGAGCGGCGGGGACUUCCAGUCGCUCGGGGGAGGAGGACGUGGCAUCAGACCGAGCGGAGGUCAGGACUCUCCAUGCUACUCCGUGUCUUACUCGGAGACGUACUUGUCUCCGGGAGAAGAGGACGACUCCCCCUGUAAGGACUACCAGAACACAUUGUGCCAGGUGGAGGCGGAGGGGAACCAGGUGGAGUACCCUCCUGACUACGACCCACAGCGGCGGGUGUCUGACGUGGCCUCAUCCGGGGUCGUCUCUCUGGAUGAGGAGGAGGAGGAAGACGAGGAUGAAGAAACUGUUGUGGAGCCAAACAACCAUUGACUGGUCCGAGCGUUGCCCUGGCGACCGAGAACAUUCGCGCAUGUUUUCGUUUCUCUGAAUCAUCCAUCUUUGCCUUACUCGCAGCAUUUCAACUCUUUCUGCUUUGUCUCCGAGUCCGUCAUUCGAGGCGUCCAAACAAUCUUUUCUACCUUUGUGGAAACAGAAGCAGUUUUUGGAGAAGAAACCUUUGGUACGAUGCUCACAGUUUUCGCCCUCAAAAACAGACGCCGCCUUCACAGAGAGAGGAAGUGACUGAUAAUGUAUUUUUGCAUGUGUUGCAUUUGCUGAUGUCGACGGGCUGAUCUGAGCACGGUUUGUAUUCUCAGCUGUUCUGUAUAAGCCCCUUCCCUCUUUCCUGGCGCCCCCCGCAGGCGAGGGGCAGGUUGCAACGCAUCCUGGGACCUGCCCUCACCUGACUCCACCCCCUUUCCCUUUGCAACUAGCACCCUGUUGGGCAUGGCUUGCUGAGAAUGCCAAACUAUUUAACCCUGUCACGACCAAUUAUGAGCAAAUGCUGGAAUGUCUUGAAGUGACAGGUAAUAUUAUGUAUUUUAAAUUGACCAAGUCAGAAAAAAGAUGACAGAAAUGAUAUGCUUUUAUUGUACUAGUUUUCUAUACUUCUGAAAUGUUGUUGUUACCCCGCUCAUCGUCACGAUGGAUUUGUCAUCGCGAUUGUCGACAUCAGCUGGGAACUUUCCAGAACUCUUGGAACGGCAGCGAUGAACCGAGCGAAUGUCCCUGAAGUGACCCUUCGACUGGAAGAAGUCCGGACAGAAAUAGUUGCAGAAUUUCUAUAUUUUUGUAUGCGUUGUCUUGCUUUGAUCUCUUUGCCUCUGCGGCGUACCAGUGUAUGUGGUUUUUUGCACGAAGCUAAUGUGGCUGUAGAUUUCUCCUUUCUCUUUGUUAUCACUGUGUGAUAUAGUCUAUCGGGAAAAAAAAAAAAAAAAACAUAACAAAAAAAAACAAAAAACGUGAACAUUCAGAUGAGGAUACUGUUCGCCAUUCAUCCUGAUCCUCAAAAGGAGUUUUUUUUUCCUUCUUAAAACUUUGUAAAUGCUUUGUUCCACUCAAACGGAUUUAUUGUUUUCUAUGGUCUUUUGCAAAAGGGCAUGUUUGUGUGGGGAAACCCUUGUUCCGGUGGUAAUGCGAGUUCUCUCAGAGGGACUGUCAUUCAUAAAACUCAGGAAAUCCCAUCAGAGCAUUCGUUCAUUCUGCCAGCAGGCAUCGCAACUCCAGCCGUCUGUCUGUGUGUGUGUGUGCGUGUGUGUCGUCGGAGAGCAUGUGUGCAGUUAUUUUUCUACAGCACAUCCCAGUCCUCAUCAUUUUGAACAAUUUGACUGUGGUUUUAGAAAAGCCUCAACGUGUGAGUCCGUGGACGGUGUGUGUCAGUGCAAAGAUGUCAGCGAGCGCCACUGGCUCGCGCCCCUCAUCCAUUCCACCGUCCCAAACGCAGCGAUUCCCUUUAAAACUGUCGUAGCAGAGCCCUUCCUAGAGGCUGAACUCUUCCUGGUGCUGAGACGGCUGAACCACUUUGCUCAGUCUCGUGACUGCAGAAUUCCUGAUUCCCACCUGAGAGAGCAAAAGCGGGCGAGAACUCAGGGGGAAACAUUGAAGCUGUGCCUUUCAUUCGUCACCUUUGACAUCCAGAGUUGCAGCGUCACCAUCAUCGAUCGUGAUGUCAGUGUGGUUUCCUUCUCCAAAAGACACACAUCAAACUGCCCCGUCUGAGGUCGACUCUUGAUGGUGUCCUCUGGUUGGGACUGCAGGUUCCAGGGACGAGCUGCGUCACCGUCCUUUUUGACGUUAACUACUAAAUGAUGUCGGCGAAAUGGCAUUUGUCCACCGCCCCGCCCCUUCUUCCCCUCACUCCCUAUCCAUCCGUCCCUGGAAGUCCUUGUGUCAUUGUCAUUGUGUGUGUGUCGGCGCAUGUUUAAUACACUGGAUUAUCAUAUUUGUGACUGGCGCAUGCUCAUGUAAACAUGCCUUUAUGUUCAUCCUGAGUCACAUUCCUGACCCCUGGAAAGGUGGUGCUGGAGUCGCACGUCUCCUUGUGAGAGCGCACGCGCUCGCUGACUUGACUCUGCAGAAUGAUGUCUCCGGCACGUCACUCCUCUCCUUUCCUUCCAUCUUUGACUCUGUCCUUUCCUCUUUCCCAUCCACCCCCUCAAACGUCUCUUUGUCUCCUCCUCCCGCCCACCAUUCACCCCCUCAGGAGGCACACUUGCGUAACCAGAAGGACAUCUGAGAGCUACCUUUGCCGACAGGCAAUUAGCCCUCCAUUAUAAAACUGCUUGAUGAACAGUAGAUGUGUAUCUCCCGUCUUCCUUUACCCUUGCGUCUCCUUCCGUGACUCUCCCUCCACAUCUAUUGCUGUUCCAGAAGACUCUCUGGGAUUUGCAGAAAUGAUGACUAGAAGAAGUGAAGGGAGUUUUUGCCAGAGUUUUCAAGCUAACUGAACAAAAGACAAGAUUCUAUCAUGGAUAUAAUCCAUUCCAGUUCCAUGUUGGUGUUUGUCGUUUGAAGCCCUUUUAUUGAGUUUCUAUUCAGACUCCCACAUGGAUCACAUAUUCCUUAGGACUUAGCCAGAGCUCCAGCCGUGACUGGCCCACCAGCUUGGACCUGAACUGGGCUCACACUUCAGUGGUACCUGAGCUGACUUUACUGUUGCGGGCAUUAAAACCCACUGGUGAUAUCGAGCGACCAAACAACCACCUGACAAUUCACAGGUGACUUGGCUCUGCAGCUCACCUCUGGUUAUUUCAGAACAUCUUAACUUCCGACCUCUUUAUGGAAGGUCCCACAACUGGGCUUUGACUAUGGUCAACAACACAUCUGUCUUGUUUCAUGAAAUCAUUGCGAGUGUGUUUCUAAAAGUGGGUUCAGUUCUCAAUAGCCAAAUUACGACCCAUACAUCGGUGUCUAAGCGAAUCACACUAGAGGGCGCAAUCUUAAACCGACUAUUUCCAGUCUGAUCCUAGGGCUGAUGUUUGGUCUGUGUCCGUCUUCUUUCACCAAACUCAUAACAAAAACACAGUCCAACAGAAGCACAAACUUGCACUUCAUUUCCAUCACGACCCAGUUCAGUGCUAACAUUUCUGUAUAUGUAACAGUUAUUCACGUGUUCACUUAAAAACUGGCAUCUUCACCGGUCACUGCACGUACAUCACUCUGCAUUAACUUCACUUUAGCGCCAGCCACCCCACGGGCCGCAUAAGAUGACCCUGCGUGCCAGAUUUGGCCCCCGAAAAGAUGAGCCAUGUAUCGAAAUGAGAGCUCAGUGGGUGGCGCUCAUUGUUUAAGAAUGAUGUGAGAUCUCAUUGAAAUAGAUGGUCAAAUCCAAAGAUUUUAGGGCAAAGAGCGCCAUCUAGUGGGCUCAGAAUGAGGACACUGUUUCAUGAAGCCUCAUCAGCCCAUCACCACCCAGUCAGACUUGUGAACAAACACUGACAUCGAGUCAUAUUAUCGACUCUUCAGUAGCAAAUGAAGGUGACAGGAGCAGCACUUAGGUUGAAGCGGGACAGAAACCUGCAGGAACAACCAGAACUAAGCAAAAUGGGAUCUUCCCUCCCCGCGGCUCUUGAAGGAGGCCAGAGGUUGCGCAUCAGUGACGGUGGGCACAGCGACAGCGCACAAGGAAGCCGACGCUCCUCAGUGAAUGUAUCAUCACGACCACAUCCAUCCUCCUCAGUCCAACACGCCUCCCUCUGACGCCGCAUUCCCACUUUGCCCCUUAAAUUCUCUUCUUUGAUUCUUAGUUUCCUCUUUCGGCUGAAUGUAAUUAAUUGAAUAUCGGAAAUGAAAACAAUAAUCUUUGUUUGCUGCAUCGGAUAUGAUUUCAACUGAAUAAAAUAUUGUUAUU